UCGCUGGAAGACUGGAUGGUUUUCAGCUUGUUGGGUUUGACCUGGGCCUGUUUGAGGCAAAAAUAAUCACUCCAUUCCAGAUUGUUCUCUGUUCAUGUGUUUUGAUCUGAUGGGUGUUUUGUAAAUAGUGUUCUCGCGAUCCCUAUUCUGUGCUUGUAUCUAUGGGCGUGCAAUUUUAUCUUUUGGUUCUUCGCUUGGAUGAUUACAUAUAAAUCUAUUGCCAUUGCUUGUCUUUACAACUGGAUUUUAACACCAUUACUCAUACUCUUCAGUCAUCUAAUUACUACACCUGCUACAAUUAUUAAACAAAAUGUUUAAAUACACAACUUCUAUACUAGUUUCCAAUAAAUGCGCAUUAUCUUCAAUUCCCAAAAGAUCUUUUGGCAUUACUCCUUUUUUCAGAAAUGCUGCUGCUCAACCAGCUCCAUUGAAAACCAAUGAAGAAAAGAAGCAAGAUUCCUCACCCAAAACUCCCAGAAAGUCAUACAUCAGCCCCAUUUUGAAUGUCAUUUUAUUUGGUUCAUUGACCUAUAUCGGUUAUGAUUACUAUAACCUACUCAACAUAGUAAACUCAAAGGAUUUAAGAUUAGUAGCAUAUAAGAAUGAAGUCAAGAAAUUAAAUUCAAGAAUAGAUCAAUUGAUAAAAGAUGAAAUCAAAUUCAACAAGGAUCAACACAAUACUUUGAAAAAAAUAAUUGGUGGUGACAACAGUGAAGAUGAUAACAAAAACAAUAAAGACGAUAGUGAUUCCAAUAAUGGUAGUAAAAUUUCCAAGCCCUCAAUUCCCAAGCUCCCUAAUACCCCAAUCAAAAAAUCUAAAGGUUGGUAUCAAUUUUGGUAGUCUUCUGGAUCUCACUGGCUGGUAUUAAACCAUCCCUAUAUACAUAUGUAUAUUUUUCUAUCUAUUCUCACCUAAGAUUUUCCUACUAUUAUUUUAAUGUUUCUCUUUACUGUUCUUUACUAAAUUCCUCUAUUUACACUUAUUCCUAAUACACGAUCACAUUCUCCAUAGAUUUACUAAAAAAGAAAACUCUAAAAAGAUGCCUUCAGCCAGAUUCGAACUGACGAUCUCCUCAUUACUAGUGA